UCGCUGUCUCUGCAGUUUGGUCUCUCUGGUCAAGUCUCUUCUAGAGGUUUACUCGAGAAAGCUGCACCGCAAUGGCUCAGGAACGUCUCCGCGUCCUUGUCGUUGGCAAUGGCGGGCGUGAACAUGCUUUUGCUUGGAAACUCAGCCAGUCUCCCCGUGUCGAUGUCGUUUACGUUGCUCCAGGCAAUGGAGGAACUGCACUAGGCGCCUCUAGCAAGAUCGAAAAUGUCAACAUCAAGGGCGACGAUUACCCUGGAUUGGUGGCAUUUGCCCAGAAGAACAAUGUCAACCUGGUGGUGCCGGGUCCAGAGGCACCCUUGGUGGAUGGUAUUCAAGGAUAUUUCCAGGCAGUUGGAAUUAGGUGCUUUGGCCCAUCUAAGGCCGCGGCCCGUAUGGAAGGCUCCAAGGCCUUCUCCAAAGACUUCAUGAAACGUCACAACAUCCCCACUGCCGCAUACGAGAAUUUCACAGACUACGAAAAGGCCCGGCAAUACAUUGACACUGUGUCCUACAAUAUUGUCCUCAAGGCUGACGGAUUGGCCGGUGGCAAGGGUGUUAUCCUCCCCACAACCAAGGAAGAGGCUCACCAGGCUCUGAAGGAGAUGAUGGUUGAUCGCCAGUUUGGCAACGCCGGAAACGAAGUUGUUAUCGAAGAAUACCUGGAGGGAGAUGAGCUGAGCAUCCUGACCUUCAGCGAUGGCUAUACCAUCCGAUCCCUUCCCGCUGCGCAGGACCACAAGCGGAUUUUUGAUGGAGAUAAGGGCCCGAACACUGGUGGUAUGGGCUGCUACGCUCCUACACCUAUUUCGUCAAAGCAGGUUCUCCAGGAAAUUGACCGCACCAUUGUGCAGCCUUCCAUUGAUGGCAUGAGAAAAGACGGCUUCCCCUUCGUUGGUAUUCUUUUCACCGGUCUCAUGAUGACCAAGAACGGCCCUAAAGUCCUUGAGUACAACGUCCGUGGCGGAGACCCAGAGACCCAGACCCUGCUGCCUCUGCUUAGCGACGAUACCGAUUUGGCGGAAAUCAUGGUCUCCUGCACCGAGCACUGGCUUGAUGGUGUUUCGAUCAACAUCAAGCCCGACUUCUCGACCACUGUCAUUGCGGUUGCAGGGGGAUACCCUGGCUCCUACGCCAAUGGCAAGAAGAUCACAUUGGACGCUGCCCCAGAAGGUGCACUGAUCUUCCAUGCCGGAACCAAUCUGGCUGGCGACGAGCUGCAAACCGCCGGUGGACGAGUAAUUGCAUCCACCGCGACCGCUUCUAGUCUCGAAGAGGCUCUCCGCAAGAGCUAUGCGGGCAUUGAUACUAUCCACUUCGAAGGCAUGUUCUACCGCAAGGAUAUCGCCCACCGUGCCUUCCGACAGCGGGACGCCCAGUCUCUCACAUACGCCUCCGCUGGUGUCUCCAUCGAUGCUGGCAACGACCUUGUGAACAAGAUCAAGAGCUGUGUCGCUAAGACCAAGCGUCCCGGAACAGAUGCUGUUAUUGGAGGCUUUGGAGGUCUAUUCUCGCUGGCCGCCGCCAACUCUGCCUAUCACCCCGAAUCCCCAACUCUGAUCGGAGCCAUCGACGGUGUGGGGACCAAGCUCAAGAUCGCACACGCUGCUGGCGUGCACAACACCGUGGGAAUCGAUCUUGUGGCCAUGAACGUCAACGACCUAGUUGUCCAGGGUGCAGAGCCCCUGUUCUUCCUUGACUGCUACUCGUGCGGCCACCUAGACGUGGAAACCGCCGCUGCAUUUGUCACCGGUGUUGCUGAGGGUUGUACGCAAGCAGGCUGCGCCCUGAUCGGUGGCGAGACCGCCGAGAUGCCCGGUCUUUUCAUCGACGAAUCCUACGAUGCCGUCGGGGCUGCCGUCGGCGCCAUCAACACCUCGGGCCCCAACGCCCGCACCAUCCUCCCUGACACAUCCGCCAUGAAGCCCGGUGACGUUCUGCUGGCCCUGGCCUCCUCUGGCCCUCACUCCAACGGAUACUCCUUGGUCCGCAAGAUUGUGGAGCACUCCGGCCUAAGCUAUAACGACCCCGCCCCUUUCUCGAUGCCUUCCGCUAAUGAAACCCUCCCCCUUGGCCGUGCCCUGCUCACUCCUACCCGUAUCUACGUCAAGCCUCUCCUCAAAGCCCUCUCCGUCUCUUCCUCCGCCAUCAAGGGUCUCGCCCACAUCACCGGUGGCGGUCUCCUCGACAACGUGCCUCGUAUGCUUCCAUCCUCCCUGACAGCACACAUCAAUGCCUCUAGCUGGCAGCUUCCCUCCGUGUUUGCCUGGCUCAAGAAGACCGGCAACGUCACCGCGCACGAGAUGACCCGCGCUUUCAACUGCGGUGUGGGCAUGGUUAUUGUCGUGGAGAAGGGCAGCGAAGCUGCUGUGAAGGACCUCCUCGAGAAAGAGGGUGAGACCGUUUACACCAUUGGAGAGCUUAAGGCCCGUGCUGCCGGCGAAGAGGCCUGUGUUGUCUCCGAACUGGAGACAUGGAGUGCUUAAGUACUAGCUAGGGCUCUCAGCACAUGGAUGCGAUUUGCGGAUUCCACGAAGUCUUUUUUAAGUGCGCCAAGAUUAUUAAGAAAAAAAAAGUUAUCAAAUAAGACAAAUGCGAAGGGCGAAGGCGAAGACCAAGUUAUGACAUUGCGAUAUGGUUAGAAGUAC